AUGAAUGAAGAUUUAGCCCAAUUUAUCGAUCAACUUGUAACGCGAGAUGAUGACAUCACGCUAUUUAACGCUCUUCUUGCUGAUGAAGCAUUGCAAGCUCAAAUUUGGACAAUUCUUCCUUCAAUUCAAGAUACGUUUAAGAAAGGGAAGCUUUUAAUCAUUCUUAAUAGAUGCAUUAAGAAUGCAAAUCUCAAUGGGGUUAUUGUUCCGGUAAUAUUUCAGAUUCAGGACUUAUAUUUUUUGCCUUCAUAUACAAACACAAUCAUAGAAUUAUUUUCACAUUGUUCAGAUCAAAUAAAAUGCGUUAACAUACUUGGACUUACACAAUCCAUAUGUCAAAUUAAGAAUCCAAACAAAUUUCCAUUUCAAAUUGAAUUAAUUCGCGUUUUAUUUGAACGAGCAUCCUUAUUUAAUCAUAAUAUACCAGUAAGCCAACUAAAUAUGUAUGAUAGAAUCUACUCAAUCGUUUUUCAUAUUUUAGAAUUGAAUAAUCAUCCAGAAGUCAAUCAUUUGAUCAUCAAAGCCAUAUGCCAGUUCUUCACUAACUUUAAGAAAUACUUUAAAGACAAAUUGGUUGAUUUUCUCGGUUAUCUUCCCAAUUUAAACACAAAAUUAUGGAAUUUAUUCUGGGAUUCGAUCCACGACCUUCAGUCUCUUGCAAGCGAAAUCUUCAUACCAUACCUAUUCUCGCAACUAGACAAUAUCAAGGAGAAUCCUCAAAGAGCUUUCUCAAUUUUGAAUGCAGCUUCAUCUUGGAUCGGAGAUGAGCCAUCCUUGAUCACAGACGAUCAAAUUGAGGAGCUGAUACCGAUACAUUUAAUCGUUUACAAUUCAAUUUACGGAGAAUCAUCAGAUGAAGAAAAUUUCGACUCAUCUCUUGAUAUUUAUAGCUUAAUUCGAGUAUAUACAUCUAGAAACCCAGAUAGAAUACUUUCCUUAAUGGAAUUUACGACAGAUCAGCCAGAAAGAACGAGAAUUUGGUUAAUUUUAAAUUUAUAUCUUUGCGCUUUGCAAAAUGGAACUUAUAACUUUAUAUUUUACGAUGUUAUAUCCCCACAAGCAAUGAUUACUCUAUAUAAUGCAGAAUUAGAGAAUAUUGUUCAAUAUUAUGAUUUAAUUCACUUAACUCUUCACUUUUUUGAAGAAUCAAGGUUGUUUUUGUAUAUGAUGCCAAUGCAUAGUAUAGCCUACGCGUACGAGAAGACUUUUCAGAUAAUUGAAGCCUUGUAUCAGUCAGAAACAGAUGUUUUAUCGAUAACACAAGAUUUGUAUGAGAUAUUAAUUUGUCUAUGCGAUUCUAACAUUCCUACGUUCCUACAAACGACAUCUCAGUACUUUGAUAACAUAAAAUUCAUAGAAGAUUCAUCUUUUUGGAGAUUCCUUUCGAAUCUGAUUGUACAUUCGAAAAUAAACGAAACUAUAGCUGGAGAGCUACUUGGUUUCCUAAACCAAGUGAUAGAAACAGAUAAUAACUUGAUUGUAAAUUGUUUCGACGUUUCUGUACGAGUUCUUCAACAAGUUAGGUUCUCUCCAACGGCAACUCAUUUCGUACGUAACAUUUACUCCAUAUUAAACCAAAAUAUUGAUGAGUUGUCACCUGACUUAAUAGCUUUAUUCUGUAAUUCUUUGUCUUUCGCAUUGGAAAACGGUUUGUCACUUUUUGAAGAGGAAGUAAUUAAUUUUGAUCAAAUAAAAGAGAAUACUAAGACCAUGAUAGACUGUGAAACCUUUGCAAAUGUCAAUUAUGCUCGAGAUAAUUUGGAAAUCAGGUUAAUGUUGAAAGAAUUCCAAGACGGAAACGAAGAAAUGAAGAAACUGAUAGAAGACAAGCUCGAGUCCAAGAUAAACAUUGACAUUUCAGAGGAAAACAUAUCAACUUUGAAAGAAUUUAAAUCAUUUUUCAAAGAAGAUACGAAUCUCUUCAGUUUAAGCCCUAAUUUCGAGAAUGGAUCGUAUUCCUAUAUAUUAUACCUCUAUUCCAAGAUGUGUUCCUAUUUUAUUCGUCAUCGGAAUCUUGUAUCAAGCUCUGCUUUCCUUGCCGAUGCCUGUAACCUGUUUAACAACACAUCUCCUGCAGAAUGCCUCAGCCCGCAAUGCGCUCUUUCCUUUGUUGUCCAAGCUUCUGCCUUAGAAACACUUUUAAAGACAUGUAACAACGAUAUGGAAGAAUUUAACAGACUUGUUUACAAGAACAAAGCGAAAGAAGAGGAAGAAUUUGUUGACGAGUCAGUUCUUUCAUCGAACAAUGUUCCUGAGCUCAUAGAAAUGGCAAGAAGCAUCGCACAUCAUCCAUUACUUGCUGAAAUUGCCGCCAACGAAAGAUUCAUUUUCACAGAGGACAUAACUAUCGAAGAACCAGAAGUUUGGAAUGUUUCCAUUAUUGCACGCGCUGUCAUUGAUGGAAAGGACAUUUCAUUGAGUCCAGAACUCCUCCAGUACGCGAUGAACAAGCCUUGGAAAGCUCCUUGUGCAGCAUUGUGUAUUUCCGCUGUUGCAAGAGAUCCAAGUUUGUUUGAAAACCCUGAAGAAGUUGUUGACUCUUUCUGCAAGGAAUACCCGCAUAAGAAGGCAAACAUGAUGGCCUUGGAUGCCUUCAAACUUGUCCUUGAAAGACAAUCAAACAACGAAAGAAUUGUCAUGAGUUGCGUAACAGCAAUUGCAAGGGCAUUUUUACUUGGAAGUUCCAUUAAUAAUAGAGGUGGAGAUUUCGAUGAUGUUGUUGAGUAUUUCGAGUCAAUUCCUAUGAAACUGAAAAUAGCAGCGUUUGGAAAUUUGUCUGACGAAUUCCCUGAAUGCUGUCAAUGGUUAAUUCAUUCUUUGUCUUCAUAA